AUGGCUCAAUGCAACCAGAAUACAGCAAGUCUUGACCGUCGCUUGAAGAAGGUGACUUUGACAGCAGUUUCCCAAGUUCUUGGAGGUUACUCUAGAUGUGUCCGUCUUGCACUGGUUCUUUUCUGCUUUCUUGGACGGGAUGCCAUUUCUCUAGCCCUCUGCACUCGUGGAGCCACUCCUCGAAAACGUUGGGCAGACUCUGGCGGUAUCGACGAGACUGAGGCAGACCUCGAUUACGGGCUUGCCCUCUUACUUACAGACUCGACAGCGUUACUGCCUAUACUGCGUAAACUUCAACUCGAUGGGGCUAUCUCAAUCGGCCCUAGCAACGCCUUUCGCAUGGACCCGGUUUAUUCAACUAAGAUUUUAGCAGCAUUGCCUCUAGAGUUGCGUCAUUUCUGGAGAUUAAAGGCCCUGCUCUUUGCGUCUCAAACUAUUCCCUGGGAAUAUCUUGAGCCUGAUUUCAGACCAACGGAUAUGUCUACAGAAUUCGCACAUUUGAAGCACACCUUGCUUGAGAUAAAAAAUAACGAAAGAUAUUGGGCUCUAGAUUCGAAUAAGAAGGCGGAAGUGAUUUCCAGCUUACUCGAAGCGUCUAGAUUCACAGACGUCGAAGGUCGCCUGUUCGCUAUUGCCAACGCUAAGGAACUUACGAUUGGACUAAAAAGACGCUACCUGGAAUAUUAUGUUGCACAUAAGGAGUCCCUCGCUCUUCGUCUCACAGGCGAUGUGGCCCAGGCUAAGAAGGUCCUCAACUCUAUCCUCCCUAUCGUGAGCCGAUACCCAUCCUCACACAAAGUCAAAACGCAUUGGGCACAUGGACACAUCCUCAUCCAGCGUGCACUGGAUUAUUCCCUAGCCAGUGAACUUGAUAAGGCCAUAGAAUUGUUAAAGGGCUGGGAAGCGAUGAGUCGGCAUCCUAGUCCAAUCGAGUCUACCAUAUUAUUUCGAAAACAUCUCCUCAUGGGCGAACUUCUCCGUUAUCGAGGAGGAUUCAACGAGUCAUUGUCACACCUUCAAAGAUCAGAGUGGCUUAUUGGUAUUCAACCAAAACUCUUCUUCACUCCAUACCGCACUGAUCUCUUUUUCAAUAUCGGCAGCACCCUGAUAGAACUUGAUGAUUUUACCUAUGCCGAAAGCCAACUUAGAAAAGAAAUUCUCAGACAAGCUAAAGAGGAAGAUAAGGUUGCACCUCUCCUGAACCUCGCACUAGCCGAAUCAAUCUUUGCUCAAAAACGCUAUGCCGAAGCACAACUUAUCGGUUGCGAGGUUGUGUGUCAGGCGCAUAUUUCCGAGAGGGAGGAGCUACAUGUCUUAAUUCUAUUCGCGAAAUCUUUUCAUACCAGUUCUGACUGGAAGGAGGCAUAUAAAUACUGGCAUAUGGCGUUUCUUUUCAGCUCAAGUUGGAAGAAAUACUAUCGGAGUUUGAAGAUAGGAUAG